GGGGGGGGGGGCGCUGCGAGGAGGGAGGAAGGUUUAGGGAGACCUGAGGGGCGGCUGACGUCAUCGGAGUGCGCCGCGAAGUGGCUGGCGUAUGGCGGCGGCGCCGGAGCUGUUGGGAGCCCGCGGAGGUCUGAAGAGAGGAGACUAGGCGACCUUUCUGGGCUGAGGUGUACCGCGUCGUGCCGGGACGCCCGCUUGCCGCGCUGCGGCCUGGAGAACCUAUAGUGAACAAUGACCACACCAAACAAGACACCACCUGGUGCUGACCCUAAACAGUUGGAAAGGACUGGGACAGUACGUGAAAUCGGUUCACAGGCUGUUUGGUCCCUCUCAUCUUGUAAGCCAGGAUUUGGAGUGGAUCAGUUACGAGAUGAUAAUCUGGAAACUUAUUGGCAAUCAGAUGGUUCACAACCUCAUUUGGUGAACAUCCAAUUUAGAAGAAAAACAACAGUGAAGACAUUAUGUAUUUAUGCAGACUACAAAUCAGAUGAAAGCUAUACUCCAAGCAAGAUCUCCGUCAGAGUAGGAAAUAAUUUUCACAACCUUCAAGAAAUCAGAGUUGUCUUUGAUGUCUUCGGUCCGAGAGGUCUGGAAACUGCUGCUACUGCCACUCCCCCCCAGGCCUGUUCCUGGUUUUCUGGGUCCAGGUGGAGGCUGAUAUGGCCAGCGCAACUUGAAUUAGUGGAACCUAGUGGUUGGAUUCAUGUUCCUUUAACUGAUUCUCAUAAGAAGCCAAUUCGCACAUUCAUGAUACAGAUUGCUGUUCUAGCCAAUCACCAGAAUGGAAGAGAUACUCACAUGCGACAGAUUAAAGUAUACACUCCUGUGGAAGAGAGCUCCAUUGGUAAAUUUCCUAGAUGUACAACUAUUGAUUUCAUGAUGUAUCGUUCAAUAAGGUGAAAUUUUUAAAAAAAUGAAAUGGGAAGCUAAUAAUGUGAAGUCUUUAUUAUUCCUUUCUAUUGAUACUGUUUAAGGUAUCUUCCAGUAGGGGAAAGGGUAGAGAAUAAAAAUGGUAAAUUAUAUUGUAUAAUCUUAUAUAUCUAAAAUGCUUUUUGUUGUUGUUUCAUUUUAAUAAAUAAUUUAAAUAC